CUUCCGCUUCCACGCACGUUGCGCAAAGGGUUGCAGAAAGCAUGGCUUCCAGUGCUAAGAAGCGGGCAUUUCCAGGAGAACAGUUGCCUGUGGAAGACCAUGGAGACGAUGACAUGGAAGGAGAGGACUCAGAGGAGGAUUCUGAUGACAUCGAAGACGAUGAAUCUGUGGAAGAUGAAGAAAUACACCAGGAAGUGAACGUUGACUUUGAAGCCCACACAAUUACCGACAAUGAACAUGAUGGAAUCAAGAAACUUUUAAAACAGCUCUUCCUGAAGGCUCAUGUGGAUAUAUCUUCAUUAACUGAUCUGUUGAUUCAGCAGAAUCACAUUGGAAGUGUCAUUAAGCAAGCUGAAGGUCAGGAAGACAGUGAUGAUGACGAGAAUGAAGAUCACGUAUUUGGCUUCAUAAGUCUUCUGAACUUAACAGAGAGAAAGGAUACCCCGUGCGCAGAGCAAAUCAAAGAGUUGAUUUUAAGCCACUGCGAGAAGAACUGUGAGCAGAGUACAGUCGAGCAGUUUGAUAAAGUUCUGAAUGAUGACAGCAAGCCCGUGGGUCUCCUCCUAAGCGAGCGAUUCAUUAACGUUCCUGCGCAGAUUGCUCUGCCUAUGCACCAACAGCUUCAGAAAGAGCUGGCAGAAGCACAGAGAACCAACAAACCAUGUGGGAAGUGUUAUUACUAUCUCAUUUUAAGUAAAACGUUCAUGGAAGCUGCAAAGAAGGGACGUGGGGGAACGCAGGCAAAAAGCGAAUUGAUGUUUGCAAAUGCUGAGGAAGAGUUCUUCUAUGAGAAAGCCCUGCUGAAGUUCAGCUAUUCCGUGCAGGAAGAAAGUGACAGUCAGCUGGUAGGACGAUGGUCUUUUGAUGAUGUGCCUAUGAAACCCUUGAGAACAGUGAUGUUGGUUCCAGCAGACAGAAUGAAUUCGAUCAUAGAAAAAUUCAAGGAAUAUUUAUCUGUGUGAAUGAUUUUCUAUUACAAAGUUUUAUACAGCUCAGAAAAAAAAUUGUCGCAAAUUACUUAAUUGAUUUUAUAUACUGCUGUGUCCACUCGUGUUUUCUGAAACUGAAGCCACAUAAAAAUUGAAACCUUUUCAUUGCUGCCGUUAAAAAGACAAAGAAGAAAUAUCUGUUUAAACUUGGAUCUCGAAGUAAAACAGUUGAUGCUUAUAAAUCUUCCCCCUUCUAGUAUAGUAUACCACGUGGCUUCUUUAGCCGUGGGUGAGUAGAUUCAGUUGUUCUAAGCAAAGUAUGAGGCUAAUAAUGUGAUUAGCAUAUUAUCCCCUGAAAUCAAUUAAAUAAACCCUACUUUGCGUCACGAAAAAAAAAAAAAUA